GACGACGUGACGUUAUAAGACAGCGCAUCGCUGCUUUGUCUGUGGUUCGGCAGAAGAAAGGUCCUGUUUAUAGACAGAGAAACUCCUGCUGAAGCGACUGAGCUCCACUAUUAUAAAGAUGGCCUUUAUUAAAGAGGAGAGUGAAGACCUGAAGAUUGAGGAAACAUUCACACAUGAAGAUGCUGAGCAGCAAACAGAUGUGCUGGUGGUGAAGGUGGAGAAUGAUGAACUAAAUGAAAUGAAAGACGACAAAGAUCAACAUGAGCAACACUAUGACUUCAUGACUGUUGAAAAUUUUGCAAACAUGGGAGAGAGUCAGAAAACCGAAUCUAACCGUUUUUUCAUCUGUUGUGAUUGUGGAAAGUGUUUCAGUCGAAAAAUGAACCUUGAAAUCCACAGGAGAAUUCACACAGGAGAAAAGCCCUUUACCUGUCAACUAUGUGGAAAGAGCUUUAAUCAAAAACAAAAACUUGACGCUCACAGGAGAGUUCACACUGGAGAGAAGCCUUUUACCUGCCCAGAAUGCGGGAAGAGUUUUAGUCAAAAGCAGGAGCUUAAAAGACACAUACGAUUUCACACUGGAGACAGACUUUUGACCUGUCAGUAUUGUGGAAAGAGUUUCAGUCACAAACCAAAGCUUGAGGCCCACUUGAGAAUUCACACCGGAGAAAAGCCUUAUACUUGCACAGUCUGUGGAAAGAGUUUCAUUCAAAAGCCAAACCUUGAACGACACUUAAGAACUCACACUGGUGAAAAGCCUUUCAGCUGCCAGGACUGUGGAAAGAGUUUCAGUCGCAAACCGAACCUUGAAGUCCACAGAAGAAUACACACUGGAGAGAAGUCUUUCACCUGUCAACAAUGUGGAAAGAGUUUCAGCCAAAAACAGGACCUUACAAAUCACAGAAGUAUUCACAAUGGAGAAAAGCUUUUCACCUGUGAACAAUGUGGAAAGAGUUUCAGGCAUAAAAUAAAACAUGAAGUCCACAUGAGAGUCCACACCGGAGAGAGGCCUUAUACAUGCACACAGUGUGGGAAGAGUUUCAUUCAAAAGCCAAACCUUGACAGACACAUAAGAACUCACACUGGAGAGAAACCGUUCAUCUGCCAAGAUUGCGGAAAGAGUUUCAGUCGAAAACAAGACCUGAAAGACCACAUAAAAUAUCACAAUGAAGAAAAACCGUUCCCCUGUCCACAGUGUGGGAAGAGUUUCAGUAAUAAACCAAAGCUUGAAGCCCACAUGAGAACCCACACUGGAGAGAAGCCUUACACAUGCACGCUCUGUGGGAAGAGUUUCAUUCAAAAGGCAAACCUCGAAAGACACAUGAGAACUCACACCGGAGAGAAGCCUUACACCUGCCAAGAUUGCGGAAAGAGUUUCAGUCAUAAGCAAAACCUUAAUGUCCACAUGAGAGUCCACACUGGAGAGAAGCCUUACGUUUGCACGCAGUGUGGAAAGAGUUUUCGUCAAAAACAAGAACUUGAUGUCCACAUGAGACGUCACACCGGAGAGAAGCCGUAUAGCUGCACACUGUGUGGAAAGAGCUUCCGUCAAACAGGACACCUUACAAGUCACAUGAAAUUCCACACUGAAGAGAAACCAUCCACACACAACAAACACGAGACUUGCAUGAACAUUGAACCACUCAUAAAUGUGAUCAUUGUUUAAACGUCAAGAAAUCACACAGGCAGCUGGAUUCUCCACAAGACCUACAGGGGUGUCAAAACUCGGACUUGGAGCACCGGUGUCCUGCUGAGUUUAGCUCCAACUUGCUUGAACACACAUGCCUUCACCCACUGCACAGUAUUAUUUCAUGUUACAAACUGAUUUGAGAGUUUUGUUUUACAUUGUCAAAUAUUCAAGCCCACUUACCUGUGUGAGAAUUGCACAGUGUUUCCAAGAAGUAUGAAGUGCAAUUAAGAAGGCGUCUGGUGCAUAUGGAGAGGAAAAGAUUGUCACCUACAGGUGGUUUGUCAAGCUUUCUCACCUGUGUGGAGUACAUUUCAAGAUAUUUUCCAGAAACAUGGAUUGUUUCAUUGUUUUUGCCCUGUCGUGUUUUUGCUACUGAGCUGUGUUUGAUUUAUGCUUGUUUUCUCCCUACCCUGACUUAUAUAUUGGAAUACUUAAUUGGACUACCUCUUGAUUUUCCCCAGCAAGCUAGAUUAUUCGACUGAUAAAGCUUCAUUUGGACCUCUCCCCUGUCGCCAUGCUCCAUUCAUGGCUGACAUCAAAUGCACCAGCAGCUAGUUCCUGGAAUGCACAUCAUCCAGAAUUAUCAGGAUAAGCAUGUCUCCGCAUAUAGGAUCAUUUGGGCAUUGCUCACAACUGAUUUAUCAGUUAUGCACUCAUUAACUUCUUUUGUUAUGGACUAAACAAGCCAUUAGAAGCAGCCUUCACUCAUCAUGGUCUUUAAGGGUCACUGUGAAAUUUUUUUAACUUGCCUGGGUCACUCUAAGCUUGCUGUUUACUGUUGGAGAGGAGGAGAUUUUCCUUAAAUAUUUUUGGUGGGUAUUUUGCAGUGACUGGCAAACACAGACAGCAGGGAGUCAGUCACAUUAAUGACAUCAGCAAAAUUAUUUUGGAACUGUGAUUAAAAUCAAAGCUUUUCAUAAAGAAAAUCAAGUUACUCAGAAGGUUAUUAGAAAGACAAAAUUGGAAAUUUGUGAUAAUGUCUAUUUUAUUAAUUUCUGCACAUAUUAGUCUGGAAAAUGUGUAGUUUUGUUGUGGUCAACUGCUCGAGUCCCCUCAUUCCGGCAGCUAGCUCUCUGCAACUCUCACAUGGUCGCCCAAUGAAGCUAAGCAGGGCUGUGCCCGGUCAGUACCUGAAUGGGAGACCACAUGGGAAAGCUAGGUUGCUGCCGGAAGUGGUGUUAGUUAGGCCAGCAGGUGGGUCCUAAUGCCCCAGUAUAAUAAAGAGGACUCUAUACUGCUCAGUGAGCACCGUCUUUCGGAUGAUACGUUAAACCGAGUUCCUGACUCUCUGUGGUCAGUAAAAAUCCCAGGAUGUCCUUGGAAAAAGAGUAGGGGUUUAACCCCGGCAUCCUGGCCAAAUCUGCCCACUGGCCUCUGUCCAUCAUGGCCUCCUAACCCUCCCCAUAUCAUAAUUGGCUUAAUCACUCUGUCUCCUCCCUACCAAUCAGUGUGCGGUCUGGUGCAAAAUGGCUGCCAUCACGUCAUCCAGGUGGAUGCUGCACACUGGUGGUGGAUGAGGAGAUUCCCCCCUAUGUGUAAAGUGUGUUGAGUGCCCAAAAAAGCGCUAUAUGUAUGUAAGGAAUUAUUAUUACUAUUAUUAUUAUUAUUAUUAUUAUUAUUAUUAUUAUUAUUAUCUAUUCCACAUGUGGUUCAGUCAAGUGACCACUUUCUGGAAAAACAUAAGGCUUACACCAAAGAUCUGAGGAAUUCUGGCUCGUCUGGGCUUCUCUCUAGUACUUUCUUGAGGAUAGUCAGUGACUAUGAAAGAAAAACUUUAGCUCAUGUUUAUCUCGCUUGCAGUCUGUGUAUGCAUUUGAUUUGUCUAAAGUUUGUAAUUCAAGAACUAGUUGAACAAAUUGUUAUGGCAUGCCACUGUCAUUUACUUAUUUAACCCUUUUCCAGCCAUUGAUCAUAUAUC